AAGUUAUGUAGUCAUUUGCUGAAGGUGAAGCAAAGUUCUACGACACCAGAGCGACUUAUCAUGGCGUGCGAUUAGAUAACAGUGUUUUGCAUCGUGGGCUCGGUGAUCUUUAUUGUUAUCAGACGCGCUUACGAUUAGUUUGGCCAAGUUACUGUGUUCGACCAACCGUAGCCCGGUGCCGUUCGUCUGUGCCAAGACACGGCAAAGUUAACCGAUCCACUUGACUGAAUGUGGCGUUAAUGUAUUUUUGUUGACUGCCUUCAGCUUUCAGGUUGUGAUUGACGAGACUAGCAUGAAACUAUGUUUAGGGGGUAGUUAAAGCAAUUGUUAGAGAUAGACUAGUUAGAAACCAGUGAAUUAGGACAAUUUUCUCUGCGGCCUCUCUCCAAACAGGAUUUCUGCUGGACCGAUAAUGGACCGAAUAAAGCGAUUUAUGUUCAAAAAACCCACAGCAAACGAUUUGGAUGGAGGGCUCGAAACCGAGGAGGAGUACACCGAACGCUGGACGUCGAUACGCAUCAUUUACUAUACGAUGUUUCUGAUGUCGCUUGGCUUUAGCAUAAUUCUCACCGGAGUGUGGCCGUACCUGGAUAAGCUCGAUCCCCACGCUGGCAAGGAGUUUUUGGGAUGGAUCGUUGGCGCCAAUCCGGUCGGACAAAUGAUAUUUAGUCCGCUCGUCGGCUGGUGGGGCAAUCGACUGGGGUCCAUCCGAUUACCGCUGCUAUGCUCGCUGGCCCUGUUUUCGAUUGCCAGCGGUAUCUACUCGUGCCUGGAGCUGUUUCCAACGCAUCAAAAGUACUGGAUGUUGUACUCGCGGUUCCUGAUUGGGGUCAGUUCGUCGAGUGUAGCCGUAUGCCGAUCGUAUCUAUCGGCAGCCACAAAGAUUGACGAACGUACCGGCGCCGUCUCGAUGGUAUCGCUAGCGCAGACGUUAGGAUUUAUCGUCGGGCCGGUGUUGCAGGGCGCCGUGACGAUGUUUGGGGACGAUGGCUAUCCGCUGCUAAGGAACCGGUUGCAUCUCAACAUGUACACGGCCACCGGGUGGAUCAACGUGCUAAUGGGAAUCCUGAACUUUUGCCUAUUCCUACCGUUCGUGUUCAAAGAGAAGCGCAUAGCGGCGCGCGAGGCCAUGAAAAAGCAAGGGAUGCAGUCGGAGAAGGAAGCAUGGAAAUCGAUUAAACCGGACCUUCUUGCCGCCUGGACGCUGAUUUUCGCCUUCUUCAUAUUGGUGUUUAACUUUGUUUUUCUCGAAACACUGGCAACACCUCUGACGAUGGACAUGUUCGCAUGGACGAAGGCUGAAGCAUUGUACUACAUGGCCUGGAUAAUGGCUGUCGGCGCCGUACUAGCCAGCGCUGUGUUCCUCACGAUUGACCCCCUCUGCAAGCGAAUAGCGGAGCAGAAGGUUCUUAUAUGGGGAGGGUUUUUCCUCAUGCUUCUUGGUCGAGCCGUGUAUAUUCCGAUGGCUGAUCAGCCACCCAAAUUGGCCGUCAUAGAAAAUGUGAGCAACGCAACGAUGGCGCCGGCCAACCAACCGUAUGUGUAUGGAUCGAACUUUACGGACGUCUUUUCUAACCUGACACGAGUUGAUUUCGACCAAAAGAGUCUCGGUACUUCCGACGCACCCAUCACAGUGGUAACACCAGCUGCCGACGAUCGCCUAGGAUGUCCUCCGGAACAGGAGUGGUGCAAGACUACGCGCGGAAUGACAAUUUUUCAGUUUCUGCUCGGUUAUGGGUUCACCGCGAUCGGAUACCCCAUUGGGGUCACACUUAUAACCACCAUUUUCUCGAAAGUCCUUGGUCCUCGUCCACAAGGGACGUGGAUGGGAGUGAUGACCGGGUCGGGCUGUAUGUCCAGAGCACUAGGGCCGGUGUUUCUAUCGACCAUCUACACCAAGUACGGUCUCUAUUGGACGUUCGGCAGUACGGCUUUGAUGAUGGGCUUCACAAUGGUUUGGCUAUCGUACAUGAGACGGCGGUUAAUCCCUGCGCCCUAUGAAACCAGCGAUGCCGGCGGAGAAGAGCUGGCCACUUUAGAUACUAAGCGGCAGGGAGCAGAAACUACAGUCACUGUUGAGGCAAGUGAACGGAACGGAGUUAAUACAAACGGCCUCGUUACAGGCUAG